GGAGACAUACAACUUGAAUCAUAGACGAGCAUGACCGCCGCGCGCCGCGCGCGUUCCAAGACUGAGCGCGGCCGACUAACCGCACAUAUUUUAUAUACGGCUGCAUGACGUUGUAGCUGUACUUUGAUGACGACGGACGUGCGCCUGCGCCUGCGACCCUCAGAACACUGAGCGGCCGGUCGCCGCGUUAGUUUUUAUAUAAACGCAAGAACGUUUCUGAUUGGCCGAGCGCAUUCUUCGACAUUUAUCUUACCAAUAAGAUAUAUGUAGCCUUAAGUUAAUUUUGUAUAAAUAUGACCGCCUAAAUAAAUUCGAAAUCAUUCUCAUUCUGGUAAUUCAUAUAAUUGGUGUUUUACUAAGUACCCGAAAGAACCCAUAUUGGUGACCCCGACCUCUGCGAUGGAAGAAUUUGGUGACGCUAUGGCCGCAUCCGAAAAAUAUGAGCAGGAAAUAUCUGCAAUUGCUCUGCAAGCGAAGAUACCACAUUUCUGGCGUGCACAACCAAGGCUUUGGUUCGCUCAAUUUGAAGCAGUUAUAGCACCUCACAAGACCAGCGACGAACAAAAAUACAACUUGGUGAUUCCAGUACUAGAAAGAAAAGACAUAGAACAAAUCAGCGAUAUCAUCUGUAAACCACCAGAGAUAGGAAAAUACAACGCUUUGAAGAAACGUUUGCUGUCGGUAUAUGAGGAAUCCGAAUCUCGACAGUUCCAGAAGCUCCUGAGUGGAUUGGAGCUAGGUGAUCAGAAACCAACACAACUGCUGCGGGUGAUGCGAGAACUGGCCGGAGAGAAAGUACCCGAUAAUGCACUGAAAAUAUUAUGGAUGGGACAUCUACCGUCACAAGUUCGAGCCGUCUUAUCUGUUAACACAGAAGCAAGUCUCGAUACACAAGCAAUGAUGGCAGAUAAGAUGAUGGAGCACACGGAUCAGACAAUAUCAGAAGUCAGUCAGGUCUCAAGCAUACCACCUACAAGUCCCAGUAGUUGUCAAGAUCUACAAUUCCAAGUCUUAACCAAACAGAUUGAAAAGCUUACCCUAGAAAUCGCAUCGUUAAGGAAGGAAAAUGCAAGUCAUCGUCGAUCGUCUCAUUCAUUCCGAAAGAACAACUACGGUUCAAGAUCACGAUCCCAUUCAAGAUCCAGGACAGGCAAAAAACCAGGCGAUCCAGACUGGGAGUGCUAUUAUCAUCAUCGAUUUGGAAACAGGGCAAAGAAGUGUGAACCGCCAUGCGCUAGGAAACCGUCGGAAAACUAACGACAACAUCGACUGUGG